AUGAGGCCGCCUCCCAGAUCUCUCGAAGAGAUGCUCUACAGGUACUUGCUUGACUCGCCAGCGUUCAACAACUGGGUCAAACGGGUUCAUGCGAGAAUAAACGGACUUCCCCCUCCCCAUCUCCAGAGACCCCAAUCAGAUUUAAGUGUAAAAGACUUUAGCGAUUUUGUACCAACACGGGUCCAGAAGUUUAACGCUUUUAGGAUUAUUUGGCUUGACGAGCUCAAGAGAACAUUUGGAUUGGGAACCAAAUAG